UCGUUUAAAGAGAAGAGGAAGAGAAACAUUACAUUCAAGCGUACAGGUCGUUGCUGUUGGCAUGUUUCUGGUGGGGUUAACCGGAGGCAUCGCCUCAGGGAAGAGCACAGUGUCUUCUCAGCUGAAAGAACUGGGCUGUCCCGUCAUCGAUGCAGAUGUGGUGGCCCGGAAAGUGGUAAAGCCCCAAAGCCCAGCGUACAGAUUGAUUGUGCAACACUUUGGACGUGAAGUUUUGUUAGACAACGGUGAGAUUGACAGACAGAAACUGGGGCAGAUCAUCUUCUCCAGCCCCGAGAAACGAAAACUUCUCAACUCCAUCACGCACCCGGAAAUACAUAAAGAAAUGUUCAAACAAAUACUGCUGUACUUCAUUAAAGGCUACAGAUAUGUGAUUUUGGAUGUGCCGCUGCUUUUUGAAACUCGACGUCUCACCCGUUUCCUGACACACACUGUUGUGGUAUACUGUGACCCGGCGACGCAGCUGUCCCGUCUCAUGCUGAGGGACGGUUUGAGUCAGGAGGAGGCAGAGAACAGGAUCGGCGCUCAGAUGCCCCUCAAAGAGAAGCGUGGACUCGCCAGUCACGUGAUCGAGAACUCUGGCUCUCGUGAGGACGCUCACAGACAGGUGCUGCGGCUGCACACCAAGCUCGAGGACUCCAUGGAGUUCCUGGUCGUCAGGGCCGUCGCCGUGGCAGCCGUCGCCGGGCUCGGCGGUCUGUUCCUAUGUACAGUCAGACUGCUGGUCUCUUAACAAACAUAUAGAACUGCUUCAACGGCAACGGCAAUAGGUCUUAAAGGGACAGCGCACCCAAUAAUCAACAUUCUGUCGUCAUUUACUUAUGUUUUUUCAUAACGAACGACAUUAAAGGGAUAGUUCACCCCAAAAUGUUCAUCUACUUACACCAUGUCGUCCAAGAUGUAGGCGACUUUGUUUCUUCAGCGGAUCACAAACCAUUGCAGUCUGUCAGUUAUAUAAUGCAAGUCAAUGGGCACACAGUCUUUGAGAGUAAAAAAAAAAACACACACACACAGACAAAUCCAAUUUAAACCCUUCAUCUGGUGACGAUACACUGAUGUCCUCAGACACAGAACAUUAUAAACCCUUAACAGUAUUUCUAAACAACAUCCGGUGCAUGAAGCCCCAACGCACAUAGAUAUAUAUAUUACGUAUCACGGCCCUUUGGAAACAGUUGCUAACGAGACGUCUAUGUUUAGCCUCACUUUGUUGAUUUUCUGACCUCGCCACCAUUAGCCGGAGCUCCAUUUGAGAAAAAAAACCAUUUACGUUUAUUGGAUUGCUAUUUGGGGAACUCUAUAAUCAGCACAAUUGUGAUAUCAGUCCCAAAUGUUAACACACUGUAUAAGACAACAGCGCUGCUUUUUUACCUCCACACACACGUUUGGUGAAUUACAUAUUCAUACAUGAAAUGGACCGGAUGUAUUAAUGCAGUACGUUCUGCUGCUCUUUGUUGAUAGCAGAUAUUUUCAUCUAUGUCUGAAUUAAAAAAAAAAAAAAUCACAA